AGUCAGCUCUAAUGAAUACUCUGAAUAAUAUUAGAAAAAAUCUUCCAUGGAUUGAACGAUUAGAUGUAACUUGUAAAGCUGCACCAGCUCAAAAAGAAUUAGAUGUGAACGAUUUACAACCAAUCGAUCCAGAUGAUGAUUUUAAACGUGAAAAUUUUUUUUAUCGUAUCGCUCAAGCUGCAGUGCUUAUAGCUCUGCCUAAAUUGCAUGCUUUAGAUGUACCAACAAAACGUCCAUCAGAUUAUUUUGCUGAAAUGGUCAAAACAGAUGAUCAUAUGAUUAAGGUUAAAAAAUAUUUAAUUGAAACAAAACAAAAAUUAGCAUUACGUGAACGUGCUAGACAAAUUCGUGAACGACGUAAAUUUGGCAAACAAAUACAACAAACUAUUAAUCAAACACGUAAAGAAGAAAAACGUAAAUUAACUGAAGCUGUAAAAAGUACAUGGAAAAAGACGGGAAUUAAUCGUGAAGAGAAACUCGAACAAAUAUUAAAUGAAUUUAAAAAAGAUUAUGAACAACCAAAAAAUGAUAAAUCCAACGAGAAAGUCUCCUCCUCGUCAUCAACACCAGCGAAAACUUAUCAAACAGCUAAAGAUUAUGCAAAUCGACGAAAGAUUAAUCAAAAACGUGUCUACAAAAAUAAUAAAUUCGGUCAUGGUGGACAGAAAAAGCGUCAAAAACGCAAUACAUCUGAAUCGGUCCAUGUUGGAGCACGUCGUGAUUUUAGUCAGUUGAAACAUCAAGCUACUCCGAAUAAAGCGAAACAAAUCCGUUCAAGUUAUCGGAAAUUAAAGCAGAAACGUAAGAAAAUGACAAAAAAACGUGGUUAAUGCACGAGAGAAGAAAUUUUAAACUUUGUAUAUUCUUCAUUUGUAAAAAUCACAUAUAUUGAAUGUGUUCUUUUGUCUCUUCAAA